UGAACCUUUGAGCAAAGCAAACAAAAAAACAACAACAAAAAGUAACAGUUGAAAACAAACAACAACAAACAAACAAGAAACACACCGUGUCGAGUGUGCUUAGAUGUCCAUGUUAUUUGUUUGAUGCCAUGCAAUUGAUUGUUGACAAAAUUCCCAUGUAUUCCAAACAAACAACGAAGCGCAAUUCCAAAAAGUAAAAAAAAUGAUGAAAUGAACCAGCAGGCGGGCUCCUCAAGGGCGCCAGCCACAGGGGGCCAAAUCUCACCGCCAGGUGGCAGCACCAACAGCAUUGUGGAUGCACAGCAGCAGCAGCAACAUCAACAGCAACAACAGUACUAUACUCAACAGCAGCAGCAGCAAUACCAGCAGCAACAGCGCGAAAGUUUUUUGGCCUAUCAGCAGCAGCAGCAGCAGCAGCAGCAACACCAACAACAGCAACACCAGCAACAGCAACGCUCCGUGGGCGGAGGCAACUUUAUGCUAGGCAAUGAGCUCGUCGGUGGCGACAGCCUGCGCAGCCUAAACAACACCUUCGGUCCCAAUUCGGAGUUCACAUCGCUCGGCGGCAACAGCUCGGCCAGCUCACUGAGCGGCCUGAGCAACUCCAGCGGCCAGAGCGGUCAGGUCCAAGCGGGCGUCGGCGCUGGUUAUCCUAAUAUGGUGGCAGCGGCCAGCCAACAGCAGCAACAGCAACAACAGCAACACAUGUCCAAUAUGGAUGCCAUGAGUGGAUACAAUCAGAUGGGUGGCGGCAUGCAUCCGGUUGGGAAUGGCGGCAUGAUGGGCAAUGGCAAUGGCCAAUAUAUGAAUGGCGGCGGCCAGGGCAGUUACAAUGGCGGCCAAGGCGGCAUGGGCAUGGCCGGCAUGGGCGGCAUGGGCUAUGGCAGUGCGGCCGCACAAAGGCAUCAUCAGAUGACGCCAAUGAACCAAAUGCAGAGCAUGUCCAUGGGCCCGGGCGGUGGAAUGCCCGGCAUGCAGCAGCAAAUGGGCGCCAUGAAUCCCAUGGCCAAGAUGCAGGGCAUGGCCAACGGCGGCUAUCCGCAGCAGCAGCCGCCGCAGCAGCAGCAGCGCCGCAUGGCGCCCUAUCCCCAUCCGCAGAUGCACAUGGCCCAGAAGCGCGCCGGCGCUGGCGUUGGCGUUGGCGGCAUGUAUCCCAGUCCUGCACAGCAACAGCAGCAGCCGCCGCAAAUGUACGGCGGACAGCAGAUGCAUCCCGGUGCCGGCAGCGGCUCCGGUGUGCCCGGUGUGCCACUGCCCAUGCAGGCGGGCGCCGGCAAUGGCUAUGGACGCGGCGGUCCGGCGGGCGCCGGCGCUGGCGCAGGCGCCUACGGGCGCAUUUCGGCCGGCAACGGGCCAGUAAUGGGUCCCGGCGGUGGCCCCAUGAUGCCCAUGGGCGGAGCCGGCAUGGGACCGGGUCCCGGCUGCAUGGGCCAGCAGCGCUUUGUGCCGCAGCCAGGUGGCGCGGGCGUUGGCUACGCGCAACAAUCGCAAUUCUAUCCCGGCGGAAAUGGCGGCGCCAUGGGCGUGGGCGCCGGCCAAGGCGGCAUGUGCCCGGCUGGACCGGGCGCCGUUGCCAGCACCGGCAAUCCCUAUCAGAAUCAAGGUUUCCAGCAAAACUAUCAGCACAGUCCAGUUCCUGGCAAUCCGACGCCGCCGCUGACGCCUGCCUGCAGCGUGCCCUAUGUCAGCCCCAAUCCGGACAUCAAGCCGCCAAUGGAUAGCAGCGAAGAGAUGAGACUGACAUUCCCGGUGCGCGAUGGCAUCAUCUUGCCACCGUUCCGCCUGCUUCACAAUCUCUCGGUCAGCAAUCACGUGUUCCAUCUGAAACAGAAUGUUUACAACACGCUGAUGUGCCGCUCCGAUUUGGAGUUGCAGCUGAAAUGCUUCCAUCAGGACGAUCGCCAGAUGAACACCAAUUGGCCGCACACGGUCACCGUCUCCGCCAAUGCCACGCCCCUCAACAUCGAGCGCUCCGAGAAGAACAGCACGGCGCUGCGUCCGCUCUACUUGAAGGCCGUUUGCCAACCGGGACGCAAUACGCUCCAACUAACCGCCAGUUCCUGUUGUUGUUCCCAUCUGUUUGUGCUGCAACUAGUCCAUCGACCAUCGGUGCGCCAGGUGCUGCAGACGCUGCACAAGCGCAAUCUAUUGCCACUGGAGCACAGCGUGCAGAAGAUCAAGCGCAACCUGAGCCUGCCCAGCGUGGGCGCGGACGGCGUGGCCACUGGCAACAGUCCGGACGCCGCCCAGCAGUGCGCCAAGAUCUCAUUGAAGUGCCCCAUCACGAAGAGCCGAAUACGGUUGCCGGCGCGCGGUCACGAGUGCAAGCACGUGCAAUGCUUCGACCUGGAGGCGUAUCUCAUGAUCAACAGCGAGCGCGGCUCCUGGCGCUGUCCGGAGUGCAGCAAGUCGGCCAUCACAGACACCCUGGAGAUCGAUCAGUACAUCUGGGCCAUACUCAACACGCUGAGCACCUCCGACGUGGACGAGGUGAUCAUUGACUCGUCGGCCAAUUGGCGGGCCCUGCAGCACAACGGCGGCAUGCCGAAUGCGCCACAGUCGGGCGCACCGCCGGGCAGUGCUGUGGCCGCCGCCGGCACAAAUGGCAGCGCCAACAGCAACGGCAACAACGGCACCAGCAGCAACAACAACAGCAACAGCAGCAGCAGCAACAACAACAGUUUGCCAGCUAUCAAGCAGGAGCUGUGCGACGACAUUGCCAAGGUGAUGUCGCCGGGCUCCACGCAGCUGCCCACCUGGGACAACUCGCAGGCCAUGAGUCCCUACAACAUGCACGACAUGAAUUCCAUUGCCAACGGCAACAUGAUGGGCAACAACAACGCAGCCAACGGGGCACAGCUUGGCAAUCGCAGCAGCUAUGAUAGCUUCAAUGGCAGCCACAGCGACAACAACAGCCUGGCCAACAGCGAUGGGGUCAACUCGUUGGAUCAGCUCAAUGCCAUGGAGAAAUCACUGAGCGAUCAGAUGCCACACACGCCGCAUACGCCGCACACACCUGGCGCUGCCAGCCAUCCCAUGACACCUGGUGGUCCGCCCAGCGUCAGCUCCUCCCACAAUGAGCCCAUUAGCGGCGGCACGCCCAAUGCCUCCAAUGGCGGCAACAAUGCCAACAACAACAACAGCACUGGACACAAUUCACCACAGACGCCGGGCACGCCCAGCCGCAGCCUGGGCAGCAGCACCAGCAUGUCCAACACGGACAGCCAGCAGCAACAGCAACAGCAGCAGCAGCAGCAAUCCCAGCAGGAGCAACUGCUCAACUCGCUGAUGAGCAGCCAGGCGCAGCUGAAGUUCGAGAACGAUUUGAGUGCGGAUCUACAGAACUUUGAUCCCACCGCUGCCGGACUCGAUAAUACCGGACACGAUUUGAAUCUGUUGCAGGAUAUGGAUCCAAUGGAAAUCUUAUCGUACCUGGAUCCGCAGCCAGAUUUGAAUACGCCACCGUCCAGUGGCAGCAGCAAUAACAAUGCUAGCGACGAUUUGUUGGCCACGUUAUUCGAUUGAAGUGUGCGCCAGUGUUGCGCAACGCCUGUGGUUGUAGUUGACAAUUUAUGAGAGAAGCAUGAUUGAGAAAUUCCUUAACAAAGAAAUGAAAUGAAAGUGAAAA